AUGUCCGAACAAAUCCAACAAAACUCCUUUCCCGACUGGGGACACAAAGGCCUCAGCACCGUCACAAAAACCUCUCAUUCCCACCCCAACGCCACCCUCGAUGCCACCAAAGUAAACCUCAAAUCCCCGUUCAUCGUCUGCGUAGUCGGAGCUUCAAGAGGGAUUGGAGCCGGAAUCGCCACAUCCUAUGCCAAAGCCGGAUGCUCAGGUUUGAUUUUAGCCUCGAGAAGAAUCUCGGGACUGGAAGAGACAGCUGCAGCAUGUAAAGCCAUCAACCCAGAGCUCGAAAUCGAGAUUUUCGGCUGCGACAUCACGGAUGCCGAAGCGGUGUCCUCACUAGCGGAAAAAGUGAAGGAGAAGUUCGGAAGGCUGGAUGUCGUGGCUGUGAAUUCGGGGUAUAGUGGACCGGUGGUUCUGAAAAUCACGGAGACGGAUCCGGCGACUUUCGCAGGAGUGACGAAUGUCAAUUACGUGGGCACGUUCCAUUGUGCGAAGUAUCUGAUUCCGAUUCUACUGAGUACUCGGGAUGGAGGGAAAGCUUUCAUCGGCGUUUCGAGCUUUGCUGCGUUUCUUGUUCGAGGUCCUAUCGCUAAUACGCAGUACUGUGUUUCGAAGACUGCGCAGCUUAAACUUCUCGAGCAUGUUCAUGAGCAGUAUCAUGAGGAGGGAUUAUCGUGCUAUGCGGUACACCCCGGCGCUGUGCUGACGGAAUCGGCAGAGGAGACGGCUCCGGAUGUCUUCAGGCCUUACUUGAUAGAUUCACCAGAGCUGUGUGGCGCGAUGUGUGUCUGGUUGACGAAGAAUGGGCAGGAGAAGGCAUGGUUGAGUGGCAGAUUGAUUAGUGCGAAAUAUGAUGCAGAUGAACUUGAGGCGAGGAAGGAUGAGAUUGUGGCAAAAGACGCAUUGAAGACGAGAUUGACGUUGCCAUGA